AGACGCAAGCUGAACCUCGGUCCAGACCCAGACCCCAGCCCUGCCCUAAAACCCAAGUGCCCUCAAAUACCCACUCCCAACCCGGGGCCCGGUCCAGUUCCUGGUGAGGAGUCCAGCUCAGAGACGGAGCCCAGUUCUACACCCCAACCUGGUGCUACAACCAGGCCCGUCUCCAGAAUUCACACAAGGUCUGGAACCGCAGCCCUCCCUGAGGCAAGGCCUGCCUCCCGAGCCCAGCUCGACGCCGAGCCCCGCUCUCACGGCAGAACGCAGACCAGCUCUAGAAUACCGUCGGACUCCGGGACCCAGACCGACCUCAAAGCCUGGGCAGUUUCCAGAGCUCAGUCCCGCUCAGGCACCCCACCCAGCUCUGGAGCUCAGCUCAGUUCUGGAGCACAGGGCGCGUCUGAGAUCCCCUCUGGCUCCCCAGGGCGGUCUGUGGCUGAGGCCCCACUAAGUUCCGGAAUCCAGCUAAACCCCGGCAUCCUAUCUAGGCCUGGGACCCAGACCAAUGCAGCAACAGACUUAAAGUCCACAAAUCUGUCUGGCGCUGAGAGCAGACUCAGUUGCGGGACGCAGACUUGUCCAAGAGCUCCGUCGACCUCUGGGACUCAGCUCGUCUCAGAAGCCCUGCCGAGUUCUAGAUGCCAGCUUCAAGCCACAGCCCAAGGCAGCUCUGGUAUCGAGCUGAACUCUGGGAAGCAGACCAGCUCUGGAACUCAGCUCAUCGCUAGAGCCCAGCCCAGCUCUGGGACCCAGCCCAGCUCCAGAAGCCUGAUCAGUUCUGGAACCCAGCUCAGUUGUGAGACCCAGCCUGCCUCAGAGACCCAGCCCGUGCAAGAAUUCAGCCCAGCUCUGGAGCCCAGUCCAGAUCCAGGAUUCAGUUCAGCCCGGAGACCCCGCCCAACUCUGAAACCCAGCCCCGUGCAAGAACUCAGCCCAGCUCUGGACCUUGCCUUAGUUCUAGAACCCAGCCUGUUUCGGGAACCCGCUCCAGCUCCAGGACCCAGACCAGCUCAGAGAUCCAGCUCAGCUCUAAAAGUGGCACAGUCUCUCGGCCUCAGCCCCGGCCCCAUGAUCUGGUACAUGGAACCCAGGCCGACCCCGGCCUGA